CUGACGAGGGGACUACAUUUCCCAACAGCCUUUGCCCUGCACUGCCCCGCCAUCUGUCGCGGCUGCGGCGAGGGGGUGUGUGUGAGCUGCUGCUCUGUCAGAACCGGCGGCGGCGGUGUGGGUGCCCGCUCGCCGGUGGCCGCUCUUGUUAUGUCCCGUCUGCUGCGCGGGGUUUGCGCCGUGGGCCCGCGGGGAAUGCCGCAAGGCCCCGGGCCCCGCUGCUGCAGGAGUUUCUCCUCAGGCGAGUGGGAGCCGCCACCUCCGGGAAGAGGCGACUGGGCUGGCCGUCGGCGGUGGUCGGCGCUAGCCUGGGCUGCGGGCGGCGCGGUGGCGGCGGUCGUGGCGGGGCUGGGGCUGGCCCGGCAGGCGGAGAUGAAACAGCAGCAGGCGCACUGGCAGCCCCGGGGAGAGCCCGCCGUGGCGGCGGCAGAGGACGAGCUGGCGCGCCGCUGCGAGCGCUUCAUGGCGCCCCCGGUGAGCGGGCUGCGCGAGCUGCGGGAGCAGCGCGGGGAAAUGCGGGGCCGCAUGGAGCUGCUCAUCAUGGAGACGCAGAGCCAGGUGUGCCGCGCCCUGGCCCAGGUCGACCGCGGGGCCGCCUUCACCGUGGACCGCUGGGAGAGGAAGGAAGGUGGUGGAGGCAUUAGCUGUGUACUUCAGGAUGGUGAAAUCUUUGAGAAGGCUGGAGUCAAUGUUUCUGUAGUUUUUGGGAACCUUUCUGAAGAAGCAGCACAGCAGAUGAGAAGCAGGGGAAAAGUUCUGAAGGCUAAAAAUGGAAAGCUACCUUUUUGUGCAAUGGGAGUAAGUUCUGUAAUUCAUCCAAAGAACCCUUAUGUUCCUACUAUACACUUCAACUACAGAUACUUUGAAAUUGAGGAGGCAGAUGGUACAAAACAUUGGUGGUUUGGUGGUGGAACAGACCUCACUCCAACUUACUUGAACAAAGAGGAUGCUGUUCACUUUCACAAAACUCUGAAGGAAGCGUGUGAUGAGCAUAAUCCAGAGCUGUACCCUAAGUUUAAGAAAUGGUGUGAUGAUUAUUUCUACAUCAAGCACCGUGGAGAACGGCGAGGGAUUGGAGGCAUAUUUUUUGACGAUCUAGACUCUCCUUCGAAAGAAGAAGUCUUUCAGUUUGUCCAGAGCUGUGCCAAAGCCAUUGUGCCUUGCUACAUUCCCAUUGUAAAGAAACACUGCCAUGAUAAGUUCACACCAGAGGAAAAGUUGUGGCAGCAGAUUCGUAGAGGGAGGUAUGUAGAAUUCAAUCUUGUAUAUGACAGAGGUACAAAGUUUGGUCUUGCGACACCAGGAUCUAGAAUUGAAAGUAUACUUAUGUCUCUGCCACUCACUGCUAGAUGGGAAUAUAUGCACGCGCCUCCAGUGGAUUCCAGAGAAGCAGAAAUCCUAGAAGUCUUACGCAAUCCAAAAGACUGGGUACACUGACAGAGUAUGGCUGUGCCCUAUCAGCCAUGAUGGAAGAAUAUGAACUCCUGCUUGCUCUUCAAACUGUCGUCAUGUGACAGUUGACUUCUGUCUACUUACUCUCUUAUCAUGUGCCUUAGAAAUAGUGUUACAUUUUGUCAUAUGUACAUGUUCACUAUAAAAGCCACAAGCUGCCACAUUUACAGUUUCUUUGUGGGGGAUUCACUGGCCAUUUGUAUCGGUAUGUUACUGCUGACGUGUAAAGGGCUUGGUGAAAGUGACAACAGGACUAGCUGAGGUGUACUCAAAACAUUGUCAGUGCAGAUUGAUAGCAAAUGCCGUGAGCUGCUUAGAUGCAAAGCCUUUUUUCAGAUCUAGCAGUUAUUCUGGGGACCUAUCCUUAUUUACCCUGCUAACUGAUGCAAUAUUUACAGGAUGUUUUCACCUGUUUCAGCAAAUAAACUGCCUGUUGGUCAUUGUCACACCUCUUCAAAUUCAGUUUCUGAUCUGUUGAAUCAUGUAUUAAAUUGAGUUGGUCACCUAUUUCACCUGUGAUAAUUUGAAUAUAUUGUGUGACAAAAUUCUGCAGUAAAGACAUUGUAAAGGAAAUUCUUCAGCUUGUUGAGCAUCUUGCUGGGUAAUUUAUCUCUGUGAACCAUGGUAGCACAGUUCAGCCUCAGAAAGCUUAGGAACAGGAGUCUGUAACCAUUCACAAAUUGUCUUGACUCUGUAUGAGAUAUUUUGAUCUGAGGUGGUCCUUUCCAGUUUUCUUGGCUUGGAGCACUUUCAGUAUCUGGCACAGAAUUGUUUUGCACCUGCAGAAUUAGCUUUUGUUAGAAGUAGUUUUCUAUUGGCCUGGAAAGUCCUGGCAAAGUAAAGUAGCCGGGAUGUGCAUGAAAUGGAUUUUGUGUUUUGUUCCAAGCUCGAAACAAAGACAGCUGAAACAUUUUGUCGAAACAGUGUUCGACUUGGUUGUUUCAACAGAACAAAACUUGAAAUGUUUUGGGUGUUUCAGCCAUAGGGAACAAUGGGGAAACUCAAAACAACCCAUUGUUCCCCAUGGUAACUCCUGGGAACAUCAAAUUGGGUUGGGUGGUAGGACAUAAUGGGUGCUACCUACCACACAAACCACAAAAGAAAUGGGCAAGCAGGUGAUUUUUAACAAAUUUUUAACUUUUCCUCAAAACCUCCCUAGCAUUGGCCAAAAAAGAAUUGCUGACCCACAAUCCACUGCCAGCCGCAGUGCUUGAAACAGCCCCUUUAUUAAAAGGGUAUUUUGUUUCGAGCUCAAAACACGCCAAAUGGCGCAUUUCAAGUCAAAAUGUUUUGCAUAUCCCUAUAAAGUAGGCCUGGAAAGUAAAUGCUGUACUUGUUAACACUCCAGCUUUAUUACGCAGUUUAACUGAAUAUAUAGGGAGAAUAUUCCAAACCUGCACCUUCAGAGAUAGCACUUCUGACACCUCGCCACUGACUGUCGGCACAAUAUCUAUGGAUAAAGGCAAGUUUAGCUGCUUGUAAGAUGUCUUCAUUGCUACUGCAGUGAAUUUACAUCUAAACUAUAUAUGCACAAAUGCAUGGUGUGUUUCCACAAAUACAAGUAGAAUGGGAGCUUAUUUAACCACUAAGGCCUGCACUGUCCUGAUUAAAUGUUUGAGCCCUGUCACCUAUGAAUCUUUAAUCUAGAACAGGCUUUCCUGCAGUGGUGGAUUUCUUGGCUUUCAAGACCUGAAGUGCACAAAUGUUGGGAGUGCAGGACAGGGAAAACUUGGACCAGUUUCACAAGCUACAGGGUUUUUUAAAAUUCCACCUGUAAAUCAAAUGAAAAAGCUGCAUUGACUAGAAUGAGCACAUUCAAUUUUAAGAUUCUUUUUAAUUUUCUGAUCUUUUUUUAACAUUCACAAGUGAUUCCUUCAAAAUCAAAAGGAAUUUUUAAUGAUGCUUUGUAAGCACCCAUAGAAAUGUGAGGUGGGGGAAAUAAACUGAUCUAUGUGAGUGGUCAAAAUGCACUGUAAGGAUUGUAUGGUAGAGCUCUCUCCAGGGAAACGGAACUUCUGAAGAAGUGUCAAACAUUUAGGAAUCUAGCACAAGGGCAAAAACAAAAAAACAACCCUUUGACAAAGCACACUUAUGAGCAAAGGAUUCUCUGAUUUUUAUCUCAGGUUUAUUGAAAUUAUAAUUUUCAGUUGCAGCUCUUUCAUCAUGAAUGGUUUAUUCAAAACCUUGGAGUCUACAUAUGGAAAUACCCUGUGGUAUAUUCUAGCACUUAUUGGGUUGUACUGAAGAUAACUGAGGUUGGCUGUCUUUUAAAAUCAGAAAUUCUAGAUAGGUGACAUUAACUUUUUCAUAGGUAUUCAGAAUAUCAAAACAGCUUUCAACUCUCCUCUGUAGAAUCCAGGAGUAAAAGUUAAGAUUUCUGGAAAUUUUGAAGCCAUUUGCACCUGGGGGGCGGGUGGGGGAGGUUCUCCCCCACCCAACCUGGAAAUUUUGGGAAAACUGAAAUAUAUACAAUAUGGUUGAUAAAUACUGCAUAGAUUUCCGAUUUUACAUUGGCACAUGAGGUUUUUUUGUACUGUUUGGUAUAUGUACAACAUUGACAAUUAUAAAUGCCUUAAUUUAUUCCUACAAUAGUUACAAAUCCAGUGCUAGAGAUGGAUCUGCAAGCUACUGCACAGAUUUAUGUAACUGUCAGUAGCCCCACUGAACUCAAGUGUGACACUUCUGAGUAAAUAUGCAUACGAUAUUUCUCUCUGAGCUUCAUUGAUUAAGAAAAUUAAGCAUUUACAUGAAGCGAGCUUUUAAAAUCUUGCACAUUUUAGUUUGUUCCUUAACUGUAUCUGUGUGUAUCUUCAAACAUUCCUCCCUUUCUUUCACUGGAGAGCAUGGGGGAGUCUGAAGCAAGGAAGAAGCAAGAAGAGCUGGAAGACUGUGUUAGUUAAAAGAGGAAGUUGGUGGCAAGACCUCUUCAUGAUUUGUCUGAAGAUGUCUCAACAGCUGAUUUCCCGCCUGCCACCCAGUAUUGUGUCCUAAGAGUGGCUGCAUUAAUUCAAAUGCAGUAACAGUGCUAUUAGCACUGGCAUUGACUGUCUUUUUAAUCCGAGAGAUUUGCAGCAGCAUUGAUUGGCUAUGACCGUUUAAAAACACUUAAAAAAAAUUUCAUCAUGCUGAAAUUUUCCCAAGUUUUCCAUUUUGUUUUUUCUCAUGCAAGGCCUGACACAUUAUGGCAGAUCCAGAUCCCUUGAAAAGUCCAUAAUGCUGGGGAAAACUGAAGGAAAGAGAAGAGGAUGACCAGCAGCAAGGUGGAUAGACUUGAUUACGACAGCAAUGAAUGUACCACUGAGAGACCUUAAAGGCCAAGUUGAAGACAGAUCAUCCUGGAGAUAAUCUAUGCUAUGCGGUCGCUAAGAGUCCACACCAACUUGAUGGCACUUAAUCAAUCAAAGGCCUGCUAGCAAGGGAAUGGGUUUUCUACUCGGAACUUCUUUUUCCUGGGCCUUCUAAACUCUACCAGAAGGCUGAAAAACAACAUUUAUUCUGUGCGAUUGCAAAGUGCUGUUGACUUGUAUGUUCUGUUUGCUAGUGGGGCUUAUUCUUCUCAACUGUGAAAUGGAAACUGAAUAAAGUGGCUGGGGCUACAAAUUA